AUGGCCGACACCACUAGCGAAUUAGACGAAACUCCGAGCAUAGAGUGCUUUCAGAACUACACCGCGCCCGAGGUGUUCAUUCAGGGCAUCGCUGGCAUUGUAAACCAGGAAGAUGUCGAGUCCAUGAUCAUUGCCCAAAAAGAAAUGUUGCAGCGUUUUGAAAAGACCAAUGAAAUGCUCACCAACUGCAAUUUGUUGUCCAUGAGUCACCUGAAAACCACAAGUCAGGAUCUGAAGAAACACACUCAAAUGUUGGCAGAGUUACGCAAAGACUUGGACAGUACAUUUAAGAGGAUAGCCACUUUUAGGUCCAAGAUUAAAGUCCAACAUCCAGACUUACAGAAAAGUAUUUUAGAAGAAAAGCAAAAAGAGCUGGAACAAAAGACUGUAGAUAGUUCAUCUAGUGGUAGCGCAAGUACUGCUUCUCCGUAUAAUUCUGAUACAAAUUAA